AUUGAUAUCUUUGACACAAUCGACUGAAGACUUGCGAAGACAUAAUCACCGCAUGAGUUGGUUCUAUAGAUGCUAUGGACCCAAGUGUUGGAUGUAUUGGUCUUUACUGCGGAAGAACUAAAUUAGAUGAAUAUAAUUACAGCGAUUGUGGUUCGUGUUUGCGAGGCUUCCGAGUGGAUGGGAAUGGCGUUUGUGUGGAGUGUGUGGAAAGGCCACAGUUUUACGACUGGCUGUACAUCACUUUCAUGGCUUUCAUUUUAGUGAUCAUUGAGUGGUAUUUGACGGAAGAAUGUGUCAAAAGACGUCAACUCACUGUCGAUGUCCUG